AUGGUCAUUUCUUUACCAUCGUCCCAUAAGCUUUGCGGAUACUUUGUUAAGAUCUGUGAACAUAAUCCAAAGAUCAAGAUCAAUCAAUGCUUGGAAAAUCUCAACGAAUUCUACACACAGCUACAUGAGGAGGCGGACAUUUCAAGCUGGUGCAUAGCAGAUCAGCAAAUACCAGAUGAUGUGCUACAAAGGGAGCUUGAUUGGGCUUGUUCACAUGGUGCAGAUUGUAGCAAGAUCCAGCCCACUCAAGAAUGUUUCAAGCCCAAUACUGUUAGGGCACAUGCUUCAUAUGCCUUCAAUAGCUAUUACCAAAAGCAAAAGCAUAAAGAUCACAAUAGCUGCCUUUUCAGAUAUGCUGCCGUUAUUACUGAAGUUAAUCCAAGUCAUGGUUCAUAUAUGGAGUGGUGCAUAGCAGAUCAGCAAAUGCCAGAUGAUGUGCUACAAAGGGAGCUUAAUUGGGCUUGUUCAAAUGGUGCAGAUUGUAGCAAGAUCCAGCCCAAUCAAGUAUGUUUCAAGCCCAAUACUGUUAGGGCCCAUGCUUCAUAUGCCUUCAACAGCUAUUACCAAAAGCAAAAGCAUAAAGAUCACAAUAGCUGCCUUUUCAGAUCUGCUGCCUUUAUUACUGAAGUUAAUCCAAGUCAUGGUUCAUGCAAAUUUGAAUUUCUUCCUUAA